AUGGUGACUAGUGGGUGUUCGUCGGAAACUGUAGGGACGACGCCGGAAGCUACGACGACGGUGCUAGAAGCUGCAACGACAACGCCGGAAGCUGCAAUGACGGAAAUUCGCCGCAACAACCCUCUUCCAUGUCAGUGUCCACUCUCGCUCCACACUUCUUCACAUUCCCUUAGUUUACCAUGGGGGAGAGAGUCACCACGAAGCACCAUAAUACGAGCUUCAACUACAGAUGUUUCGGUGGAUGUAGCCGUAGAGGAAAAAGAAAAACGGAUUCCCAAAGGAGAAACUUGGUCUGUCCACAAAUUUGGUGGAACCUGUGUGGGAAACUCUUCCAGAAUAAAGAAUGUUGCGAACAUAAUUAUUGACGAUGAUUCUGAAAGGAAAUUGGUUGUGGUCUCUGCCAUGUCAAAAGUGACGGAUAUGAUGUAUGAUCUUAUCUACAAGGCUCAAUCCCGAGAUGAGUCGUAUGUUUCUGCACUUGAUGCAGUUUUAGAGAAGCAUAGCUCAACUGCAGAGGACCUACUUAAUGGGAUUGACAGCAAAUGGAUGGAUGCAAGGGAGGUCCUUAUUGUGAAUCCUACUCGUUCUGAUCAAAUGGCUAAUAACAAGAAUGCAAGUUUUUGA